AUGGCAGAUGUAAGAAAUCUUGCUGAGAAGACUCCAGAAGUAAAAACUGCAUGGAUAGAAUCAGUUGAGCCAGUUGCAUCAGUGCUCCGUAACCGUUUCUUGAGAUUGAAGUUAAAAGAUGAUCCAGUAAAGGCCCUAGAUCCAGUUAGUGACCAAGAAAUUGAUAUUUUGAAGCGCCAUCUUAGAGAACUUUUCCCAAAUCUUGAUUUGACAAAAUUACAAAAAGUGCACACAAGUAAAGUUGAGAGUUAUCAGAAGUGGAUUGAAACUCAUUGUAGAAGUAGACAAUACACGUUUCAAAUAAGAAAAUGCAGAGAUGAGAACUGUUGUCUUCCUCCACGCUUGAGAGAUGAGCAAAUGCAGUGGUUACCUGAUCCAGUUCUAAAUGAGACUAAAGAUCAUUACAAAUCCUACAAUGAAGUCAAAGGAACAGAAACAAAUGAAUCAGACAGACCUUCUUUAAAAGCAAAACCGAUCAAAGAAAAGAAACUGAACCUUAGAGCUACUGUGAAUGUAACCACGUCAGAUCCUGUGAAUGAUAUUUUUGAAGAAGAGGAAUUUGAAGAAAAAGAUCAAAUCCUAGAUGAGAUUGAUGCACUUGUGCCUCCUAAACAAUGUCAAACAAUUAAUAUCAUCGUAAUUGGAUAUGUAGGAUCAGGAAAAUCGUCACUUGUAAAUACUUUUAAAACAGUAUUAAGAAACAGUGGUCAACUUUCUACUAUAGCAGCUACAUACACAAUAGAACUCGGCUCUAAGACUACAAAGCUAUUUGAAGUCACACUGAAGCGUUUUCCACAAGGUGAAAAAUUAUGCAUUUUUGAUUGUCGUGGUGUUGUCAGAAAUCCAUUGAACAGUGGUCCGAAUGAAGACGAUUUGAUGAAAGUGAUUGAUGGCCACAUAAAAAAAGGUUACGAGUUUAAGGAUACCACUAUUCGGGAAGAUGACGAUUCAUAUAGAAGAAACCCGACAUUAUCUGAAAAGAUGCAUUGUGUUUUGUUCGUUAUAAAUGCAGACACUCAAAUAGGAGAAUAUGAUGAAUUAAGGCGUGUACAACAUCGUCUGCAAAAUAUGAAUAUACCUAUUCGAGUGAUUUUAACCAGGGCAGACAGGCUGUGUCAAUCCGGCAAUUUGAAUAGCAUCUUUCGGAGUGAAAAUGCAUAUAACAAAGUAGACGAGGUCAAGAGGAUAUUUCGUUUUCAAGACUGCCAGAUUCUUCCAGUUGCUAAUUACGUACGGGGAACCACACAAAACAUGACUCAAGACGUACUGGCACUUUUGGCAUUGAACAAUAUUGUGCAGGAAGCUAUGUCGUACAUUGAAAAUGAAAUGUAAUACAAAUUGUACCUCCUAUAAACAAUAUGAAAGAAAUCUUUCAUAUGGA